AUGAGACCUUUCGAUAGUGGACAUGAGGAUUUGAUUCACGAUGUGGCAUACGAUUUUUACGGCAGGCAUGUUGCUAGUUGCUCAUCAGACCAACAUAUCAAAGUGUUUAGAUUGGACAAGGAGACUGGAGAAUGGCAAUUGAGUGAUUCGUGGAGGGGCCAUGAUAGUAGUAUAGUCUCUUUAGAUUGGGCAAGCCCAGAAUAUGGACGUAUUAUCGCAUCUGCCUCUUACGAUAAGACAGUAAGACUAUGGGAAGAGAACCCUGAUGAAAAAGAAGGUUUAGGGCGUCGUUGGACCAAGUUGGCAACGUUAAAUGAUUCCAAGGGUUCCCUAUAUGAUGUCAAGUUUGCACCUCCGCAUUUAGGUCUCAAAUUGGCCACCAUCGGUAACGAUGGUGUGCUAAGAGUCUACGAUGCCUUAGAACCUUCGGAUUUAAGAUCAUGGACUAUGACUUCAGAAAUUAAUGUACUACCGGUAGCACCUGCAAGCCAUUUACAGUCAGAUUUUUGCUUAUCAUGGUGUCCUUCAAGAUUUUCCACAGAGAAAUUAGCUGUCUGUGCAUUGGAUCAAGCACUGAUAUACCAAAGGGAAAAGGAUAAUCAGUUGCACGUUGUUGCUAAACUAGAAGGCCAUGGUGGUCUUAUAAGAAGUGUAAGUUGGGCACCUUCGAUUGGUAGAUGGUACCAAUUAGUGGCUACAGGUUGCAAAGAUGGUAAAGUACGCAUUUUUAAAUUGACAGAAAGAGCGGGUUCCAAGAGUAAUAAUAGUAAUGGAUCUGUUCUUGAUGAUGAACAAAAUGAUAAUGAGAGCACUGGUGGUGGUAGUAACGUUGCACAAGAGCAAACAAAGAGACCUUUCAAAUCACAUUCGCCUUUGCAAGUAGAACUGAUAAGUGAACAUGAUGACCAUGACGGUGAGGUUUGGUCAGUAUCUUGGAAUCUUACGGGUACCAUUCUAAGCAGUGCGGGUGAUGAUGGUAAGGUGCGUCUAUGGAGAGCUACUUAUUCCAAUGAAUUCAAGUGUAUGUCAGUCAUCAGUGCUCAUCAACAGGCUCCUAAGGUCUAA